GUAGAACCCCCUGUUGAAGAUAUUCUUGCUGCAUCUGUGAAGUUAUUUCAGAGCAGUGAUUCAAUUGCAUUCCCUUUGACAGAUUUGCUUGUGACUCUCUGCAAUCGUAAUAAGGGUGAGGAUUGUCCAAAGGUGGUAUCUUAUCUCAUUCAGCAGCUGAAGCUUUGUCCUUUGGAAUUUUCAAAAGAUACCUGUGCAUUGAGUAUGAUAUCACAUGUUUUGGCAUUGCUUCUUUCUGAAGAUGGAAGUAUGAAGGAAAUUGCUUCACAGAACAGUAUUGUCCCCACUGCAAUUGAUAUCUUGAUGAAUUUUAAGGCCAAAAAUGAGUAUGCAAAUGAGGUGCUGGUUCCAAAAUGUAUUAGUGCUUUACUGCUUAUCUUAGAUAACAUGUUGCAGUCUCGGCCGAGAAUAAUUGCUGAAACCCAGGAUGGAAGUCAAAUAGGAUCAUUGCCAGACUCUUUGGCAGAGCCUGCUUCUUUGUCGGAGCAAGCGUCAGCUGUGGAUAAAAAAUCAACUCCAGAUAUCCCUGAUAAAGAGACCUGCAAUCCUUUUGAGAGAAUAUUGGGGAAAUCUACUGGCUACUUGACAGUUGAAGAGGGUCAAAAGUUGCUGCUAAUUGCUUGUGACUUGAUAAAGCAACAUGUUCCAGCCAUGAUCAUGCAGGCUGUUCUCCAGUUAUGUGCUCGGUUGACAAAAACACACAGUCUAGCUUUGCAAUUUCUUGAAAAUGGAGGAUUAGCUGCUCUUUUCAGUCUCCCAAGAACAUGUUUUUUCCCUGGAUAUGACACUGUUGCAUCUGCUAUAAUUCGGCAUCUUCUUGAAGAUCCUCAAACUCUGCAAACUGCAAUGGAGUUGGAGAUAAGGCAAACUCUAAGUGGGAAUAGGCAUGCUGGGCGGAUAUCUACCAGAACAUUUUUAACGUCAAUGGCACCCGUUAUCUCAAGAGAUCCCAUGGUUUUCAUGAAGGCUGCAGCUGCUGUUUGUCAGUUGGAGUCAUCAGGAGGGAGAACCUAUGUGGUUUUGUCGAAGGAAAAGGAAAAAUCAAAAGUUCCAGGUGGUGAACUUGGAUUAUCUUCUAGUGACCCUGUCCGAAUUUCUGAAAAUAAGUUGCAUGAUGGAUCGGGUAAAUGUUCCAAGGGCCACAAGAGAAUUCCUGCCAAUCUCAGCCAAGUAAUCGAUCAACUUCUUGAGAUUGUUUUGAAAUAUCCUUCACCAAAAGGAAGCCAGGAAGAUUGUGCAAGUGAACUAAUUUCCAUGGAGAUCGAUGAACCUAAUGUCAAGGUGAAGGGUAAAUCAAAGGUGGGUGAGACAAGGAAAACGGAGCCAGAGUCUGAGAGAUCUGCAGGAUUGGCUAAGAUAACUUUUGUCCUCAAGUUAUUGAGCGAUAUUCUUCUCAUGUAUGUACAUGCUGUCGGGGUUAUACUGAGACGGGAUUCAGAAAUGUCUCAACCCCGGGGAUCUAAUCAAGCUGAUGGACAUGGUGGAAUACUUCACCAUGUUUUGCAUCAUCUACUUCCAAUGUCCGUUGAUAAAUCUGCAGGACCUGAUGAAUGGAGAGACAAGCUGUCUGAAAAAGCUUCAUGGUUUUUGGUUGUUCUAUGUGGCCGUUCUAGUGAAGGCCGUAAACGAGUGAUUAAUGAACUUGUGAAAGCCUUGUUUUCAUUCUCAAACUUGGAGAGCAAUUCGACAAAUAAUGUUUUGUUGCCUGAUAAAAGAGUUUUUGCUUUUGCUGAUUUGGUUUAUUCAAUUUUGUCAAAGAAUUCAUCAUCCAGCAACCUACCUGGGUGUUCCCCUGACAUAGCAAAAAGCAUGAUAGAUGGAGGAAUGGUUCAGUGUCUGACUUGCAUUCUUCAAGUGAUUGAUUUGGAUCACCCUGAUGCUCCGAAGGUUGUGACUCUUAUACUAAAGGCUCUUGAAACUCUUACAAGAGCUGCUAAUGCUAAUGAGCAAGUUUUCAAAUCUGAAGGAUCAAACAAGAAAAAAUCCACAGGAGCAAAUGGGAGACAUGAUGAUCAAGUUACUGGGUCGGCUGUUGAGACAACAGAACAUAAUCAAAACAGAAGCAGUCAGCAGGAAUUUCUGAUGCUGUGGAGAGUCAACACCAGCAUCAUCAAGGAACUUUCAUCCAGGGAUUUAGAACCUUUAUCUGCUGGGAGUUUUGAUAUAGCUCACUUCUACAUGUUUGAUGGUCCAGUUCUUCCCUAUGGCCAGGCACCCAGUAAUCUUUUUAGUGACCGUUUGUCUGGUGCAGCACCUCCACCUUUGGCUGAUAUUUCAGUUGGUAUGGACUCAUUGCAGUUGUCAGGACGAAGAGGACCUGGUGAUGGUCGUUGGACAGAUGAUGGGCAACCACAAGCAGUUUCUCAAGCAGCAGCUAUUGCGCAGGCUGUUGAGGAGCAAUUCCUGUCUCAGUUGCGCUGUAAUGCUCCGCCCAACAAUUUGAAUGAAAGGCAAUCUCAGAAUUCUGGAGUGCAGGAAAGGCCUCCAUCAGAUACCCUUCCAUCCAAUGAUGGUCAAGCAGCUGUGGAGGUUGAUAAUACUAGCAGUCAACAGGGUCAAGAAAAUGGCACUGAAAUGGUAAACCAUCAACUUAAUCCAACCGUUGUUUCUUUAGAGCAAAUCAAUCCUGAUUCUGUUGUUGAAGAUGUGGAUGAGCGUCCACGGGUACAUGAACCUGUUUCAGUUCAGCCUCUCUCUCUGAAUGGUACACAAAAUGGGCUUGAUAACAUGGAAGUUGUGGAGGGUAAUGGUGCUGCUGCUGAGCAAGAAGAGGCUAUUACUGAAUUUAUUAACCCAUCUGUGGGUUGUCAUGCUGUUGUAGAGUGCCAAAGGGAUAUUGAAUUGCCUGCUAAUUUUCAAAAUGUAUCUAUUCCUGCCACGGGGGAUGGAUCGUCAAGAAUGAACGAUCAAUCUGGUACUCAUGAGCUUUUACUUUCUGGUUCUGAGAUGCCUGUUCCAUCUGCUUGUCAUAGUUCUCCAGUUCAUGGAAGUGAUGAUAUUGAUAUGAAUGGUAAUGGUGCAGAGGGAAAUCUAAUUGAGCAAUCACCUGCUCAACUUAGUGUGGAUGAGCCUUCUUCUGAGCAAAAUACACUGAUUGCACCAAAUGCAAAUCCCGAUCAAGCUAGUAUGAGUAAUGAGACUUCUGGUACGAAUGCUAUCGAUCCUACUUUCUUGGAGGCACUACCUGAAGAUCUGAGGGCAGAAGUUCUAGCUUCACAGCAAGCUCAGUCUGUUCAGCCUCCAACUUAUGCGCCUCCUUCAGUAGUUGACAUUGAUCCUGAGUUUUUAGCUGCCCUGCCUCCUGAUAUCCAAGCAGAAGUCUUGGCUCAACAAAGGGCACAAAGGAUUGCCCAGCAGUCUGAAGGACAACCAGUUGACAUGGAUAAUGCGUCAAUCAUAGCAACAUUUCCUGCUGAUUUGCGAGAAGAGGUGCUUUUGACUUCUUCAGAAGCAGUUUUAUCUGCAUUACCUUCUCCAUUGCUUGCUGAAGCACAAAUGCUAAGGGACCGAGCAUUGAGUCAUUAUCAGGCUCGUAGUUUUUUUGGAGGUGGCCAUAGGCUGAUUAAUCGAAGGACUGGUUUGGGUCAUGAUAGGCAGACCGGAAUGGACAGGGGUGUUGGAGUUACAAUUGGUCAAAGAACAGCUUCUGCUAUUGCAGACACCUUGAAAGUAAGGGAAGUUGAAGGAGAGCCACUUCUGGAUGCAAAUGCUUUGAAAGCUUUGAUUCGGCUUCUACUGUUAGCCCAGCCACUUGGGAAAGGCCUUCUGCAAAGACUUUUGUUAAACCUAUGUGCACAUAGUGUUACAAGAGCAAUUUUGGUUCAUCUUUUGCUUGAUAUGAUUAGACCAGAGGCUGAAGGUUCAUUAGGUGGAGCGGCAACAAUUAGUUCCCAGAGGCUUUAUGGUUGUCAGUCAAAUAUUUUAUAUGGUCGGUCACAGCUCCUAGAUGGUAGUACAUUCAGCGGUCUUCCUCCACUGGUGUUACGCCGAGUGCUUGAGAUUUUGAGUUAUUUGGCAACAAACCAUUCAGCUGUUGCCAAUAUGUUGUUCUACUUUGAUCCAUCCCUUGUUCCAGAAUCUUCCAGUCCCAAGCAUUCAGAAAGUACGAAGGACAAAGGAAAAGCUAAAGUUUUUGAGGGAGGUGCUUCAGUGGAUUCAGGAGACUGUCAGGACGGGAAUGUUCCUCUGAUACUGUUCCUCAAGCUCUUGAAUAGACCAUUAUUUUUGCGCAGCACUUCUCAUCUUGAGCAGAUCAUGAGUUUGCUUCAAGUAAUUGUUUAUACAGCGGCUUCAAAAUUGGAGAAUCAAUUGCCAUCUGAACCAAUGAUGGAGAAUUCACAAAAGCUGGCUGUCAGUGAAGCUUAUAGUGAAAUAAGAAAAGAAAUAGAAUCUAGUCAAGAGAAUAAGAACAAAGGUGCUGAGUUGUCUGUUUUAGAUGGGAAGAGGAACAAUGAUAUAUAUAAUAUUUUCUUGCAGUUGCCACAGUCUGAUUUGCGCAAUCUCUGCAGUCUUCUCGGUAAUGAGGGGCUAUCAGACAAAGUCUAUAUGUUAGCUGGUGAGGUGCUGAAGAAAUUGGCCUCAGUUGCUGUGGCUCAUCGCAAGUUCUUUACUACAGAGCUUUCAGAAUUAGCUCGUUGUUUGAGUAGUUCAGCUGUCAGUGAGCUUGUUACACUUAGAAACACCCAAAUGCUGGGUCUCAGUGCAGGUUCCAUGGCUGGGGCUGCUAUUCUGCGUGUUCUGCAAGUGCUUAGCUCGCUAACUUCACCUAGUGUGAAUGAGAAUAUGGAGCUGGAGGGUAAUGGAGAACAAGAUGAGCAAACUACAAUGCUGAAGUUAAAUGUUGCACUAGAGCCAUUGUGGCGAGAAUUGAGCGACUGUAUCAGUACAACUGAGAUACAGCUGAGUCAGAGCUCCUUGUGCCCAACUAUAUCAAGUACAAAUCUCGGAGAUCAUGUUCAGGGGACUGCUUCUUCGUCACCCCUUCCCCCAGGAACUCAAAGACUCCUGCCUUUCAUCGAGGCCUUCUUUGUGCUGUGUGAAAAGCUUCAAGCAAACCAGUCCAUCUUGCCGCCUGAUCAUGCAAAUGUAACAGCAAGAGAGGUCAAAGAGUCUGGUGGUAGUUCUGCUUCAUUGACAUCUAAGUGCGGUGGUGAAUUCCAGAAAAAAGCUGAUGGUUCUGUAACAUUUUCGAAAUUCACUGAGAAGCAUCGUCGGCUUUUAAAUGCCUUUAUCAGAACGAAUCCAGGCUUGUUGGAGAAAUCACUCUCUAUGAUGCUAAAGGCACCAAGACUGAUUGACUUUGAUAACAAGCGAGCCUAUUUCCGGUCAAGAAUAAGGCAACAGCACGAGCAACAUAUUUCAGGCCCACUGCGUAUUAGUGUUCGCCGUGCAUAUGUUUUGGAGGAUUCAUACAACCAGUUGCGAAUGCGUCCUACUCAGGACCUGAAGGGACGAUUGAAUGUGCAAUUUCAAGGUGAAGAGGGUAUUGAUGCUGGAGGAUUAACAAGAGAAUGGUAUCAGCUAUUGUCGAGGGUCAUCUUUGACAAGGGAGCUUUGCUUUUCACCACUGUGGGGAACAAUGUAACCUUCCAGCCAAACCCCAAUUCCGUAUACCAGACUGAACAUCUUUCAUACUUCAAAUUCGUGGGCCGUGUGGUUGCAAAGGCACUUUUUGAUGGGCAGCUCUUAGAUGUAUAUUUUACUCGGUCUUUCUAUAAGCACAUUCUUGGUGUAAAGGUGACCUACCAUGAUAUAGAGGCUGUUGAUCCUGAUUAUUACAAGAAUUUGAAGUGGAUGCUUGAGAAUGAUGUGAGUGAUAUUCCUGACUUGACAUUUAGCAUGGACGCGGACGAGGAGAAACACAUUCUUUAUGAGAAAGCUGAGGUUACUGAUUAUGAGCUGAAGCCUGGGGGAAGAAAUAUAAGGGUUACUGAAGAAACAAAGCAUGAAUACAUUGAUCUUGUGGCUGACCAUAUAUUGACUAAUGCUAUCCGGCCUCAAAUCAAUGCCUUCCUAGAUGGUUUCAAUGAGUUGGUACCACGAGAACUCAUUUCGAUCUUCAAUGAUAAAGAGCUUGAGCUACUAAUAAGUGGACUUCCUGAAAUUGAUUUGGAUGAUCUAAAGGCCAAUACAGAGUAUACAGGCUACACGGUAGCAUCUAGCGUUGUCCAGUGGUUCUGGGAUGUAGUUAAAACUUUUAACAAGGAAGAUAUGGCGAGACUUUUGCAAUUUGUUACAGGAACAUCAAAGGUUCCAUUGGAGGGUUUCAAGGCAUUGCAGGGUAUAUCUGGCCCUCAAAGAUUUCAGAUUCACAAGGCAUAUGGUGCCCCUGAGCGGUUACCUUCAGCUCAUACCUGCUUUAAUCAAUUGGACCUGCCCGAGUAUUCUUCCAAAGAACAGCUUCAGGACCGCUUGCUGCUUGCUAUUCAUGAAGCGAGUGAAGGAUUUGGCUUCGGCUGACAAAUUUUUGUUGUUGGAGAUUUCACUUAUUCAGAGCAGACUGAGUAAUUGAUCUUCAGAUCAACUUGUACAUAUGGUGACUGAUUCGGCGGAUAGGAAUUACAAUGAUGCAAAGAAAGAACCGAGAUGAUGGUUGCUUCAUCCGGCAGUACAGACAAAGGAUAGUUGCACUUUUGCAAUCAAUUGGGAUGCUCUGUAUGGAGCUUACCGGGCCAGAGAUUGUAAUAAUUUUUUGUUUUUGGGUUUCUUGCUAUCCAGAUGGGGGAGCAUAGAAAAUGUCUAUAGACAAAUCUUUCAUUUCUUUGUCUAUAUUAGUCUUUUUGUUUCUAUUUUAGCUUCCAUUUCCAGUAAUCUUAUAUGAUCACAGCUUUUUAUCUUGAAGCUGCCAAUUCCCAUUAAUAUGAUCAUUCUGUAUGGCCAUAACACCCUUUUAUAAUUAGAGAAAGUGUUGUGAACCUUUUGCUACCUCAGAGGUAGAAUUUAACUUCCCCUUCUUUUAUGUCUACUGGAAAUUUAGAUA